AUGGUUGAAGAAAUUUGUAUUAUAGGCGGCGGUGCAGGAGGUUUAAUUUCUUGCAAAAUAGCUAUGGAUUACGGGCUAACUCCGGUCGUCCUUGAGAAAUCAAGUUGGCUUGGAGGCAUAUGGCGAAACCCCAAUGAUGAAAUUGGAGUAUGAAACAGCUUAAGUACAAAUACAUCCAAAUAUUUCACCUGCUUUUCAGAUAUGCCAUGGCCCUCAGCGACCUCGCCAACGCCAACUAAUAGAGAAGUUAUGGAUUAUUUCAUAGCCUAUGCCAGAGCGCAUGCUCUUAUAGAUAAUUUUCUCUUUAACUGCAAGGCUAUUUACGUAAAUAAAAUCCACUCAGGCUAUCUUGUCAGAUGGCAAAACGUUUCAUCUGGCCAAAUUUUCGAAAAAGAAUUCCCUUAUGUCAUAAUAGCCAAUGGAUUUCACGCCAAAGAACUCUUCCCUAUUAGCAAUUUGUGCCAUUUAUCAAAAUUAAAAGUUUUGCAUAGCGGAAAAUAUAGGGAUCCAAAGCCAUUUAUAGGUCAAAAAGUAUAGCGCUUUCCCGAGGAUGGCGCGGAAUGGCGCCAUCCUCGGGAAAGUCAACUAAGCAUCCACACGGGAACUGGGAGUUCCACGUGUGGAUGCCAUUUUUGACAUGUGGGAUCCAAACUUCCACAUGUCAAAAUGGCAUCCACACGUGGAACUCCCAGUUCCCGUGUGGAUGCCUUCCUGGCUUUCCCGAGGAUGGCGCCAUUCCGCGCCAUCCUCGGGAAAGCGCUAUAGCUGUAAUUGGUGCUUCUACAAGUGCCUGCGAUAUCGCUGAAGACUUGUCAAGCCAUGCAGGAGAAGUAAUUCAAAUUGUAAGAGAGCCUCAUCGUUUGCUUCCAAAAUAUUACCAAGGUAUACCCAUUGACUUUUUUAUUAAGUCAAAAUCACUUGAAAGGCCCUUGGCUUCUCUGAGUCCAGAAGAAAUUGGAAAAGAAAUAGACAAAGGAUUUGUGCUAUUGGCAGGACAUCCAGGCCAUCAUAACUUGGUUGUUCCGAAUGAAGAUCAUAACUCGUCAUUUUUUUCUAUUGUAAACAAUAACUAUAAGAAAUGUCUGGAAGAAAAUAAAAUCCAAAUUCAAAAAGGUAAGCUAAGAAGCUUAAAUGAAAGUGGGCUGGUCUUAGAAAACGGAAAUGAAGUAGAGGCCGAUGCUGUUAUUGUAUGCACAGGCUUUGAGGUUGAUUUGACAUUCUUGGAUGAAAAGAUAUUGGAAAUCAUUAAUUAUGACGGCCAUGAUAAUGUCAUUCCAAUCACAGGAUUUUUGAAUACCAUCCACCCAGAUCUUCCAGGACUAGGUUUUGUUGGGCUCUUCAGAGGAGUUUUUAUAGGGACUUAUGAGCUGCAAGCUGAACUUAUUAUUCGCCAUUUCAAGCAUUUAGUUGCUGUUUCAGAAAGAGCAUUGAGGGAAGGAGUAGGGUAUGAGUUACGUCUAAGAAGGUCCACUCCGAAGCCGCAGUUUAUCUAUUAUUCGCUAGAAUUCACUGAGAGACUGAUGGAAGUUUUAAAUUUUCAAAGCAGUGCAGCUACCAGUGAUCAUCAAGAAAUCAUAAAAUUAAGGGAUAUACUUUAUCUUCCCCAGUUUUAUAGAUUGGAUAAAGGGGAGAGUCAGUUCAUUCUCUGCAAGCAAGUUAUUGAUGAGCUGAAAGAGAGAUUCUCAAUUGAUGAAAAUACCCUUAUAAAUCUUUUUUAUCAAAAUAAACUAAACUAA